AUGCUGCGGCUUGCGGCUCGCCGAACCUUUGCCUCCGCGCCCGCCAGACGCCUGCCGCUGGCCGCUGCGAGGAAGUUCCAUAGUGUGCCGCCGCCGCGGCAGGAUAAGCCCGGCAGCCACUCUCGAACCGACGCCGAGGUCGAGUUCGAGUAUCCUCCGGAGCAUGAGCUUCCGAGCAGCGAGCCCGUCUCUGGCACCGGCGGCCAGUAUGUCAAGCCUACGCUUGCCGGCUUCUCCCUCGAUGGAAACGUCGGUGUCGUCACCGGCGGCGCAAGAGGGCUGGGACUGGUGAUUGGCCAGGGAAUGGUCUUCUCUGGCGCCGACCUGGCCCUCGUCGACAUGAACAGUGAGAUUCCGCGUGCCAGUUCCGGGUCGCUCACGGCUGACACCCGGUCUAGCGUUCCCAAAGUGACGGCGCAUUACGCCGACGUCUCAGAUGCCGAUUCCGUUGAGGCGUGUAUCGCCGAGAUCAUCCAGCAACAUGGCAAGAUUGACAACCUGGUCACCUCGGCUGGCUUCACCGAGAACUUCGAGGCCACCAACUACCCCAUUGAUAGAGUUCGCAAGCUCUGGGGCGUCAACGUCGACGGCACAUAUCUCUUCGCUACAUCGGUUGCUCGUCACCUCAUGGAGAGGAAGAGCCCUGGUAGCAUGGUCAUGAUAGGCAGCAUGUCGGGGGCCAUUGUCAACGUCCCCCAGCCUCAAGCGCCCUAUAACGCCUCCAAGGCCGCAGUCCGCCAUCUCGCGGCUUCGCUCGCCGUUGAGUGGGCGCAUGCUGGCAUCCGAGUCAACUGUAUCUCGCCGGGAUACAUGCUGACGGCUUUGACCGAGAAAAUCCUGGAUGAAAAGCCUGACCUGAAGAAGAAAUGGGUGUCCCUCAUUCCUCAGGGCAAGAUGGGUCUGCCUCAGGAUCUCAUGGGCCCAGUGGCUUUCCUGCUGUCUGAUGCCAGCCGCUAUGUGACCGGUGCCGAUAUUCGCGUUGAUGGCGGUUACACCCUCACCUAA